UCUUUAUAUUUUUAAACAACAACUUGAUAUUGGGAAAUGAUUGCAUGCCUUGCCUGCGGAGUAGUUUUGGAACUUUAUCUAAAGCCUUUCGAGCUGGAUCCCUGUUUGUUUUGGUAUGGGGUGUUUGGCAUUACUUUUGAAUUUAGAUGCUUUUAAAAUUAUUUUUUAUUUUAAAAAACAUUAAAUUAAUAUUUUUUUAAAGUGUAUUUUAAUGUUCUAACCGUGCAGUGCAUUUUAUCAAAAACAUUUGGAUUGAUUGUUUUAGUGUUUUUGAAAAAAUUUGAAAUUUUUUUAUUUAUUUUUUAUAUUAAAUUAAUAUUUUUUUGAUUAUUUUAGAUAUUUUGAUAUAUUAACAUUAAAAAUAAUUUUUAAAAAAUAAAAAAUAUAUUAUUUUUGAAUUUAGAUGCUUUAAAAAUUAUUUAUUAUUUUAAAAAACAUUAAAUUAAUAUUUUUUAAAAGUGUAUUUUAAUGUUUGAACUGGGUUUGUUCUAAGUUACUGAGAACUGAAUUUGAUUAAAUUUUAAAAAUGCAGCCUAAUUUAAUUUUUAAGUCUUGAAUUUAUCGAAAUUCAUCAGAUAGAUAGACUGGGUUUAUACCUUUAAAAUUCAAAAUCAAUUGGCACCCGUAAGAGAUCUAAUCCGUCAUCUGUCCGUCAGACUUCUUAAAAGUUGGAAGUUAAAAGACUCCCGCCUAAAUUCUGUCAGAUUUCCCGCCCUUUAUUCUUUCAAGAACUCUUUACAUACAAAUUUCCUUCUCAUUUACGCGUUGUUCCGCAGACACAGAAUCAUCCAUUCGCUUGUUUACGAUCUUCUAGUUAUCUUUACAUAUCAGAACAUGGAUACAUCGAGCCCUUCGAUUUUUGUCAACGGGGAGUCAUUGCCUCUGUACAUUGGGAAAAGGGUUCGAGCUGUGGUUCAAGUCAUUCAAUCUGAUGGUGCAGACACGACUGCAAAAUCUACUGAUGAACAUCAGUUGAUUAUAAAAGGGUUGCCUGUUAUCGCUCCUUUGAAAUUUGUUGAAGUAAUUGGUAUUGCUGAUGGCAAUCAGUCAGUCCAUGCCGAAACAUGGACCAACUUCGGCGACGCGUUUGAUGCUGCUUCAUACAAUCAAUUGUGCAAACUUGCAAAUGGAGAAUUCAAAGCUUUAUUUCUUUAGGGAGUUGCAUUGUGCCAGCUUACUAGUGGGCAAGCAAUGGUUUGUUUCUAUUGAAAGUUGUAAUAAUUUAGACCAGGAUUAAUGUGGGUUUGUGAUUAAAAAAAAAAACUAUCUUGAGUGUCAUGGCAUGUAUUAGCCUGAAACUACAUUUGCUCAUGGUGGUUCAUGUUGUCUGUUCUGAUAAUGCAAGCUGACUCUUUUAUAUUAAAUUAAGUGAACUUGGCAUUAGUCCAGUCUUUUUGUU